GGGCUGGGCUUUGAAAGCUCUGUUAUCCCAGAGCCCGACGGCACCAUAUGCCAAUUCAAUCUUUGGGGUAGAGCCAAUGUUAUUGAUAGAUUUUUUCCAAACAUUACGGUAGCUUGGAUCACUAAGGGUGAAUUUUGUCCAUAGAAUUACAUCAGUUGACAUAACGUAACACAUAUGAAUGACCCAUAUAUAUGGCGUGCAUGAUGAAGAGCUAUGUCUGUUGGUCUGCAAGUCCCAGGUUCUCCCUGAUUCUGCUCUCCAAAGAGCUCGAUGCCUGAAAAUUAAACGGAAGAAAGGGGGGGAUACCAGUAGUCUAUCACUCUCUCUUAUGGUGGUUGGGAUGAUCUUUAGUUGAAGUAAUAAAUGUCAAAAGACUUGGGGAAGCAAAAUAUUAUAUGCAAGUUGGAAAGCAUUCUUUUUGUAAGCCAACAAGAUAAAUUCUGUCCAUGAAAUGUGAGUCAAUUGCCCUUUUCAAAAGAAGAUAUUUUUUGACCAUUAUGUUUCAAAAAGGAAUUAAAAAAAACCAAAGACGUGAAGCUAUAGGCCCUCAUUUAAGUUCUGAACUGAGUUAAAUAACUCAUUUACCCUUGGCAUAAAUAAGGUUUAGGCUGAAAUGUUGGCAGUGUCUUUUUCCAAACAACUGUAUGAGGUACCUUGGUUUUCCACGUGACCAGUCAUGGGUAGCAGCCUAAAACUCAGCCAGGUCCCAUGGUUUUCCUGUACUUGAUGGCUGGAAAGUGUUAAGGCCUCUCCAGCAAUUACCUAGUUGCCCAGAUCUCUCCAGGGAUGGCUGGAUAUUUGUACGUUUGUUCAUUUGUUUUUGAUUUUUUAAAUUGUGAUUUUGUUCAUAACAUUAGUGUUAACUCAGAUGUUAUCAAAGAGACAUUAAAAGCCGAGAUCAAGUGACUGGCAUUCAUUCUAGUUUCCAAGAUGGAAGAAACUAAUGAUUUGAAAAAUGCCAUCCCUCUAGAGCAAAAGCACUCUUUUAAAACGUCAGCUGGCAGCAUGACAAGCAAAGCAUGCAUGGUAGAGGUUAGAAUCUCAGGCUCGCAAAUAAGAAACCAUCCCUUCCUUAUAUAGGAGAGGCUAGGCAUGGGGCGAACCCAGGCCCAUCAAACAAAGCUGCAGCUGCCUCUGGCUAAGCUACCAGCUUCUUCCGAGUCAGUGGGUGAAAAAAUCUCAGUUAGGGAGAAAUAGAGAGCAGGAUGGAGAAAACAUCCUGAGAAGUUCCCUGGAAGGUUAUCCUUGGAAAAUAGCCACUAACCAGUCACAUCUCCUGGAUUAUGGUGGGGUAUAGAAAAGCAAUUGUUUGAAAGCUCAAAGGCAGUGAUGGCGUGAUUUAAAAAGGGAACUAUGUUUGCCCCCCAAACUGCUUCCAGCUUACUGACUUUCUGUGCAUGCUUUUCAGGGGGCCAUUAGAUAUUCAGACGUCCCCCUGCCAGGCCAGCUCAACUUCAUAGUGGUGCAGACAGCACUCUGUUGGUUAGCUGAGCUGGCCUAGGGAAUGAAAGGUGGUCUGUAACUCUCACCAUGAAUAAACAUGAAUCUCCUCAUUUGCAUGAGGCAGGUGACUGUAAAAUAUCUUGGAGCAAGUUGUGAAAGGAGGCUUUGUGCAUCCGUGCCCAGGGGAAGCUGGGGAGGACUCGGCGUUGUUUAUCUUCAUUAGAAUUCCAUCUAGUGCUGCUGUUAUUGAUCUGAACCCGGGGCCUGGUGUGCUUAAUAAAGGAGGUGUACAUUUUAAUUGAAACAUGAAUAUUUAAGGAGGGGAAAAUCUUUUAAAGAGCCCUAAUAUAGUAGGAGGUUACCAUUUUUCAGCUGUCUAGGCCAUUUAGGAGUAUUUAUUCAAAAGGCUUCUCAUGUUUCGCAGAGGUCUUUGAGUUUGGCAUAAAGGAAAUCACAUCUCUUCUAGUAGCAAAUGUAUUAUAUGAAUAGAUUUAUUUUUUCCUUUGAUGUUUUCCCUUGGAUAGGUAGCAAAUGGUUUGUGUGUGUGUGUGUGUGUGUUUGAGUGUGUUUAAGGUGUUCUCUUAAGGUAGUGGUACCCUUUUUUAUGUCUUUGCCACUUUCUGUUGGACAGUAAUCAUGGCAUGUCCUCAUCAGUAUCAAUCAUGCUGCCCAGAGACAGCAGAAAAGCUAAGAAAGAGACCGACUGUACUAAUUAUUUUCUAGAGGUGUUUUUUUAAAUAGAUCCUAGUGUAUGUCCUUUCUAAAAAGAAAUGUAUUAAUUACAGGCAACAUGGUCCUGACCAAGGCAGGGAGGCCACUGUGGGAUGAGGUAGUAUUUCUCAAACUCGUUUGAAUAACAGCCCCACCAAGAAGCUUUUGUAGACAUCUUUCCCUUAACCACCCUCCCCCUGAAACUUUAAUUAUGUAGAUACAAUAUCUGCUUAUGUAAUGUAUAUACACCUACGCUUUAUACAUUAAAAGGCUCAGAUUUUUUCCUCCUCCAAAAACCAAUUUUUUGAAAUUUUUUUAUGAUAGUUGAUUUCUAACGUUCGGUCAAUUUCUGCUGUAUAGCAAAGUGACCUAGUCAUGCAUAUAUCUAAAGCACCAAUUUUUGUCCCUGGGAGCAAUCUCCCUUCUCCCACUGAGAAUGCAAAGUGGAGAGGAAAGAACCCAGGCUGAGAGCAGCAAGAGGGUCUUCUGACAGUCCCAGCAGUGGCCCCUUACCAGCAGUAUGACCUUGACCAUGUCCAAUAGCUGCCAAGUUCUUUCCCAUCUAAGAUGAGUAGGAAUAACAACAACAACAAUAACAAUAAUAAUAAUAACAAUGGUGUUUCCCUGAGUCAUGGUGAGAAUUAGGCCCUCAAAGGUAGGCUUUGUAAGUUGCCCCAUGCAAAUGGGAGGUGCUGAUCACAGCAGACAAACAGUAAUUUGCACUUGGUUGUGCAGCAUAAUUGAGCUGCUUUGAUUAGUUCAAAUAUCCGUAAAUAUAGAUUUUCCCCUACCUCAGUAUGAGGAGCCACCAAACUUUGGUUUGGAUGCAAAAGGGGAUUUUGAGCACGGUGGGGACAAAUUUCUGAGGGAGGAGGAAGUCCUCUUGUACAGGGUUGCGGGUGAUGAGGGAUGCCCCUCUCCCAGCUGCCCACAGAUGUACUGCAGGUGAUGCAGGAGCUUAGCCAAAAUCUCAGAGGAUGGACACCCUGGUCAUUCAAAGGCCAGGUCCCCCACUGCCAGCUGGAUAACCUUGUGCGAGGGAUUCGGCCCUGUCGGCUUCAGAUUCCUCAUCUGUAAGAUGGGGAUGGGAACAUUACCACGGCUGGGCGGGUGCUAAGCCCUGGACCGUGUCGGGCACAUAAACUACUUAGCUGAGUCUGGCCUGGAGCAAGCACCAGGUGGCACAGGGUUCUAAAUGCCUCUGAAAAGGAAAAGGAUAUCAUGGCAAGGCUGGCAGCAAACAUUUUCAGAAAAAGUAGACAGGCUUCUCUCUAGAAUUUAGUAAUUAAUGUAAUAGAAUGCCCAUCUCAGUGUGCCAUCUUAGUGGUCCCAGCUACACAGGGUGUGUGCACGUUUUAUGAAGAAACAGGUGCGGCUGUAAAGUGGUUCAUUUCCAGGGACUGUCCUGGCCUGGUGCCACUAACAGCCUGGCCUUGUCUCCUCAUGAAGGGGUUUUGUAUGAGGAUCCCUGAGUCAUCCAGAAAGAAUUAGAUUUUGUUGACUCUGUUCUUAUAAUUUCAAUAAGAAAUGGUUAAACUGUUUAAAAUCUGUUUAAAAGUUGACUGAUAGGUUUAGUUGGCUGAAAACACUGCUGACGUGUUUUGCUUUCUUGACAUUUUUUAUAACUGGAGCGUUUAUAAAAAACGAUAUUUACUGUGAUUGAGUUGCACAAAUAAUUUUGGGACAAGCUUGACAACAACAAAGACACAUCUUGGGGGUUCCUUUAUGCACACGGUCUGGCUUAAGGCUCUUCUCAUUUCCAAAGCCUUCCUAGAAUCAGUGUAUCUUUUUUUAAAUGUGUGCCAUGUGGAAUUCCCAUUGUGGCUUAGCAGGUUAAGAACCCAACCAGUAUCCAUGAGGAUGUGGGUUUGAUCCUUGGCCUCGUUCAGUGGGUUAAGGAUCUCGCAUUGCUGCAAGCUGUGGCAUAGGUCACAGAUGCAGCUUGGAUCUGGUAUUGCUGUGGCUGUGGUGUAGGCCAGCAAGCUGCAGCUCAGAUUUGACCCCUAGGCUGGGAACUUCCAUGUGAAGCAGGUGUGGCCACAAAAAGGAAAAAAAAAAGUGUAACGUGCUAAAUUGAGACUUGCCAAUUUUGAGAAGCCAAGAAUUGAUAGGUUCUUCUGCUGGACAGUGGUGAGACACAUCAGUUCCUUUUUAAAAUAUUCAUAUCUUUUUAUUGAAUUAUAAUUGACAUACGGUAUCAUAUUAAUUUCAGGCAUACAACAUGGUGAUUUGAUAUUUUUACAUGCUCUGAAAUGACCACCACGAUAUAUCUGGUUACCAUCUGUCACCAUAUAGAGUUCUAACAAUAUUACUGACUUUAUUCUCUAUGCUGUACAUGACAUCCCCAUGGUUCAAGUGCAGACCAUCCCUGAACAUAAUAACAGCCACUCUUUCAGUUAACUGCGCUUUCUAACUCCAUUCAGUGACUUUUGGCACUUCUUUUCCCUUUUAUUAACUACACUUUGGGGCUCUGUAUGAAUUCCUAACUGGUUCCUAUGACCUGAAUUCCAUAUUCCAUUUUGGAUUAUGUGAGGGAUUUGAUAAUGGCACAGAAACCAUUUUAUUAGUCUAUGUCCAAUUAAAAGGACAUUACCUACCUAUUAAGUUAGGCAUAAAGAGAUUUAGGCAUUUUAAAUUAAAGGGCAGAUGGGAAACAGAGUUGGCUAGCUAAGAAGAGUACCAUUAGAUGGGAAUCUCUCAAGAAAUGCCAAGUCCUUUUUGAUUGAAAAGAAAAUGUUUAUCUUGUAUUUGUGAAGUAAAUUGUGUUAAAAGGGAGUUGAGAAUGCACUUUUACAGAGGGAUGUGUUUGCUAAGGUAGAACAGAAGUGCAUAAGGUACUGUCAUGUGGAGGCUCCUUCUUACCAGCUGAGGGUACCAGAUGUUGAGGUGUGGUGGGGGAUGGAGGGCAGAGAGGGAACCUAGAUAAGAUUAGAAUGAGACAGUGGUGUUUUUGCUAAGACUUCAGUAUAAGAGGUAGGAGAAGUUAAGAGAUCCUAAGUGAGAUUUCCAAAUAUGCCCUGAAAGUAUAACAGAUCUUGGGGCUGGGGGGUGAAAAUAUGUCUUUAAUUAUUUAAACGUGCAUCAUUCAACUGCUAGUUUACACUAUGGACAUGGCUGUGCAGGUGUUGCAAAAUCAUGCUUUUACAUCCGAGCACCCAGAUUAUCCACCUUCAUUUUCCCCAAUAGGAGCUAAAACAUUUGCCUGCCUGGUUAUGCAGAUGCUGGCCUGCCUACUCCAUAUCCAGGCAUAGAUAUAAGCCACUGGGUCUAACAGAUCAAAAGCAGGAGCGAAGGUUGAGAGCCAAAAAGAGAUUACCAAAGUAAGGCUCAAUUAAAAAAUGUAUUAUUGUUGAUUUACAUUGUUCUGUCAGUAUCUGCUAUACAGCAAAGUAACCCACUCUUAUAUCUAUACACACUCUCUUUCUCAUAUUAUCUUUCAUCACGUUCCAUCACAAGUGAUUGGACAUAGUUCCCUGUGCUGUAUAACAGGACCUCAUUGGCUCAAUUUUACAGUAGUUUCUCUAGCCAGUUCUUACAGGGAGAAACAUCAACAUGGAAACUUGAAUUUGAAAGAUGAGAAUUCUAAACUACUAGUUUCUUCUUUUCCUACCUCCCUCUCCCUUUUCUUUUGUUGUUUCUAUGUAUUUUCCAUGCAGUUCUGAUAAAAUUAAAUAUAAUAGUGAGUGCUCAGUGAAACUAUGUGGGAGGAAGUCAUUUAGGCAAGGAGUCGACUCAGAUAUCCUUCCCACACCUGGCCAAUGCCUUCUCUAGGAAAGUUCUGAAGCCUGCCAGUAUCCCUUUGGACAACAACCCAUUGAGACGCCCUUCAAGUGCUCCCUCUGGUCUAUCCUCAUGAAUACCCACACCUAGAGCUUACCACAGUGAACUGCAGCUGUCUAACUCAGAUUUCCUGUGAGUAGAGUCCUGCUUUUUCUAUAUUCAUGGGAUCUGCUCAGGAUCUGGGAUAUAGAAAGUAUUCAGCAUAACUACCUCACAGCACCUAUAAACAGCCCGGCCAUGUCAGCAUUCCACUUUUGGUUACUAAUAAAAUCUACACUUUAGGUGCUAUCCAUUCUUUCAACAAAUGUCAUUGUGUGUCCACAACACAGUCGAUACUGCUCCAGGCACUAGGAAAUCAGAAGUGAAGAAGACAGGUGGUUCCCGCCCUCAUGAAGCUAGUGGUCUGGUGAGUUUUUAUUUGGCAGUUUAUGGACUAGACCCUCUUGAGAAACCAUCAGUGUAAGUCACCUGAUCAUGGUAAGGUCCUCCACCGUCCAUCUCCUCAUUGCCUUGGUUCAGAUAUUCUUCUUCUGUCCACAUCUGGUAGACUGAGUGGCUGGUUGCAGUUCUUCAUUGUUCCAUGGGACUGGGAUAUCUCCACAUCCUUGCCAAGACCUCAUGGUGAGUGCAGCGUAUUUCUUCUGUCCUUCAGCUUCAGACUUGGCCAAGUGACUUUGUUUCAGCCAAUGAAAUGUUCAUAGACAUGAAGUGAGCAGAGGCCUAUGACUUGGGUUGGGCUCUUGCAUUCUGCCUUCAUCAAGAGAUGAAAUAAAAACAUGAACAUCCUCUUGCCCCCUCAUUGCAGGGGCAAAGGAGUUACAGUUUCCCUACCUACACCGCAGAAUUAUAGCUUAAAACUCAUAGACUUAUGAGAAGAACUUCUCAGCGAUGGGAUUAUUUGUCACUCAGCAUUAGUGUUACAGUAGCUGCUUAAGAAACCAACUAUAGCAGUAACUUCCCUCCCAGCUUCGAAACCUUGCCACUUUCCAAAUAUCCUCCAGCACAGAUCUGACCAUAUUAUUCUUAAUUUUGAUCCAUCUCUGGCCAUGCAUUGUCUGCCUUAUAAAGUGUCAUAACCUUAGCAAGAUGUUCAGAAUUCUCUUUAAUUGUCUACCAUACUUUCCCUGCCUCAUCCCUAAAUCUUCAUCCUCUGCCAGAAAUGUCUUCCUCCAGCUUUCUGUUGAAAUUCUACUUUAGGAUUUUGCACCAGGACCACCUCAGUAAGAAGGUUAUAGUCUCUCUUUCAUUAAGAAUGAAAUUCUGCACCUCUGCCCCCAAAGCAUGGAAUUCAAAAUUUCUCUCGGAAAAUGUCUUCGAGCUGUAGAAUAGGAGUGUAUUUAUAAGUCUAUCUUUGUAAAUUAGGUAAAUAUGCCCUUGGAAACAUGAACAAUAGCUUUAAAUCUUGAUAUCCUACAGGUGUUUUUAAAGUAUAAUCUGCUCAAUUAUUUGGGGUUAAAUAUUGAAUGAAUGAAUUCCAGAAAUGUUUAAUUCUCUCAUUAGUGAUAUUUGCCCACCUGGCCAAUCAGCUGAAUUAAUUUAUGCUAUUUUCAUGUGGGAUGGUCACUGUCAUUCAAUCCCUAGUGACCACAGGUACUAAAUAUUCUGCAAUUCUACAGAAUGAAGAAUUUUCUUGCCCCAAAUUCCAACAGGCCUUAUUGAGAAACACUUCUAGACCCUUCAUUCCAAAUCCCUUCUUCAAAUGUCAAAUCUUUGAGGUCGUUACAAACUGACAUUGUCACCCAUGUAUUAGGAAAAAUGAAAAUUUUUUUCCAUAUCUUUAGCUUCGUAGAAGAUGGAUAGAAAGCCUCAAAAGCAUUGAAGAGUUGCAGAAUAAACAGAUUUUCUCUUUUCCAGGGAAAGUGGUUGGAGCCCCUAGUUAUAUAUUUUUUUAAAAAUCCCUGUUUUAUUUUUUCACCUUCACUCUUUCUUAUAUCACUCUUAGGCCUGCUUAACCCACAUGCCCUGGACAUUUGGGGAAUACUCUAUUCCCUCUCAAGUCUUUGUUUCCAGACCAGUGGGGGAAGCCAUACCAAUAAUGGUAUCUAUUUUUUUUUUUUUUUUUUUUUUUUUUACCAAAUGGCCACCAAGAGGCCUUCCAAGGCAGAGGACAAAUGUGCCUUCCAGCAGCCAUCCCAUUUGAAUGACCACUCUCUUCCCAAGCACGCCCAAGAAACAGGGGCCGGUAUAUAGCAUGUCAAAUAGUAAACGUGAGCCCAACAUGCAAAUUGCAAAAAUUAUCUUUUGCAUUUUACCUUUAUCUCCUCAAAUGUUCUUAAAUUAGAAAAAAAAAAUGUUUUGGCAUUCUUUGUCCUCAGAGUAGGAAGAUUUGAUUCUUGCACAGUGAUUGUGUGUUUUAAGCACUGGAGGUAAUCAAGUCCCUUGAACUUUUCAGCUCCUGAUUUCCUUAUUUCCCUUUCCCAUAUCUGUUUGCGUAGCUUGGCUGGAUCCGAGGUGUAGGGCAUAUGGCUUUUUGCCGCUUGAGCUGCCACAGAAGAAAAUGUCAUUGGCAUAUAAUGCCAGAUUUCCAUUUUUUGAAUCACAGAGCAUGGGGUUCUGUCUGAAAGCUCCCAGGCCACUGUGUGUUCUUAAAGCAAAGGCAGAAGAGGAUAAGAACCACAUCUCAGAGAUGCUCUUCCUAUGAAAAUGUGUCUGUCGUGAUAAGAAAUACAUAAAAUGGUGAUGCUGUUGCCCUCAAAUGUGUUAGAAAAAGCUGCUUGGCUUGCUUUAGUGGGCACUGGGAAACCCUGGGUAUUUGCUCCAAGCCUCAGUGAAACAGAUACCAGUUAGUCAAGAAUGUAGAGUUAUUUUUGAAUUUUCUCAGACAGAUAAAAUCUGCUUGUGCACGUCCUGGAAAACGUAAGACUGAAUAAAAGAUAUUGAUGGUUUUUUGAUGCAGUGUACCAAAAUUUUGUAUUCAUUACAUUUUCAAGUUAUAAAACUCUUUUGGACAGACCUGGCUGAUUAAAAAAACAAAACAAAACCCUGAAGCUGCUGCAGACACAGCCUCAGGCUUGGUUUCCCACCCUCACACCCCCGUUCCCAACCCCCCUCCCAUGGUUGAGGGGUGUCAAGAGAAGGGUUUGGAAAUUCACAAAGAAAGAAUUUGUUCAAUCAGUAAGUUCAAUAAAUGAAGAGUAUAAACCCUGAACCCAGGGAGUGGGAUUCAAACCCUACCGCCAUUAUUUCCUUGCUGGGUGAUCUUGGGAGGAUGAAUUCCCUUGCUCUAUUUCUCGGUCUCUUCAUCAGUGAAAGAAUAUAGUUAGAGCUAAAUAUAACUGUUGUGAGGGUUAAAUCAGCCAACAUGAACCUGAUUGUCUGAAAUGGACAGUAUUUGAUUGUUUUUGAAUUGUUGCAAAAUUAUAAAUUCUUUAUGGCUUAUCCUAAUAUAUAUAUAAAGCACCUGGGCCAUUUUCAUGAGGACUACAAGGUGCUCCAGGAAGACAUGGUUUCUAGUCCAGUUCUGACCCUGGAUGGUUCUCCUACACCUGCACUCACCCGCCCUCCUCCUUUUCAGACAAGGCAGCACCUGAGGCGGAUUCCUCCUCCUGUACUUUGGAUUCUCUCCCGUCUCCUCUGCUCCAGGACUGCUCCAUCAGAAUCCCUUCUAACUCUUACAUCAUUAGUCUCAUCCUCUUAGAUGCUACCUGCUCACGAGCAUCUAAACGUACUCAAGUCUCCCAAACUUUAAAAAAUAAAUAACCCCUUCUUGGAGUUCCCAUCAUGGCUCAGUGGUUAGCGAAUCCGACUAGGAACCAUGAGGUUGUGGGUUCGAUCCCUGGCCUUGCUCAGUGGGUUAAGGAUCUGGCAUUGCCGUGAGCUGUGGUGUAGGUUGCAGACAAGGCUCGGAUCCCGUGUUGCUGUGGCUGUGGUGUAGGCCGGCAGCUACAGCUCCGAUUAGACCCCUAGCCUGGGAACCUCCAAAUGCUGUGGGAGUGGCCCAAGAAAUGGCAAAAAGACAAAAAUAAAUAAAUUAAAAAAAAUAAAAACCCUUCUUGAUCCUCUAUCCACCUCCAGCCUGGGUGCCUCUAUUUACCAUCUUUUUUCACUUCACUUAUUAAUCCAUGGCAACCUGUCUUCUGCCCUCACUAAAAAUGUAACUAAGCAGAAGGAGAGAAGUUAUGACUCUAAACAAGCACUAAAUUAUACUGUCAAUACUUGAAAAGCUCUUUAGCCACAAAAGCCAUCAGUUUUGACAAAGUCAGGAAUGACCUCUAAUGGACAUUUUAAAAUCUCUGUCUUAUUUGCUUCCUUUGCAGCACUUGGCCCUGUUGGCCACUCUUUUCUUAGAAACUAUUUUACUGUGGCUUUGGACAUGAACACAUACACAAGAUGUGUACGUGGUACACUGUGUGUGUGUGUGUGUGUACACAUAUAUAUGGAUCAAUGAUAAUUAUUUUACUUCCUCUUUUAUGUAUAUAUGGAAGAAAUAAAGUAAUUAUUGUCGUUCCAGUUACUAGUGAUAUUUUUAGACAAAAAAGUUAAAAGGUAACUAAAAAUAUCAUUCAGCUCAAGAAGAGAAACAUGACCCUAAAAUGCACUAAUACACAAUCUGAAUACUUGAAAACCUCUUUUAGCCACAAAAGACGUGAUUUCUAAGAGCAAAUGGAGAUUGAGAGGAAUCAUUGAGUUGUUCUCAUUUAAGACUUGAAAGAAGUCGUAUUGUUAUGCAUCUCUGCUCUGAUGAAGAAGACAUCAAAAAUUUUAUAAAGAUAAAUCUUUUAUCCCCUUCUCCUUUAUACUUAUUGGCAUCUUCCCUCCUCCCUCUUCAGUUUCUUUUCUUUAGCCUAAAAAUCUCUCCUAUCCUUAAAAAUGUUUUUUCACCCCUCGUCCUCUUUCAAGUUCUUUACAGUUUCUUUCUUACCUCCUGCACUGAACUUCCCAGGAGAGAUUGCCAUCUCCUUGCCCACUUCCUCCACUUGCUGUGGUUUGACAUUCACCCAAGUCCACCUACUGAAAUUGCUGCAUUUGGGUCCGCAGUCACCUCCUGAGUGUCAAGUCUGAUGGCUUGUUCCAUGUUCCUCAUGCUCCUUUGCCCUAAAGUAUUAGCUUGUGUCCCUACCUGGGCCUCCUGGGAUCCUCUCCAUCCCUGGACUCCCAGGGCACUGCCACCACCUCUCACUGACCCCUUAAACUAAGGCAUUCCCCAGGCCUUCUUGUUUCUCUCCUGUCACCUCCUCCUCCCCUCCCACAGUCUCAUUUCCAAUCAUCCGUCACCUCUGGGAGUGGCACCUUGUCUCUUAGAAGUGGAACCUUGGAAUGAUUCCUGGCUUUUCCUCUCCUCUUCUCCUAACAGGUCCAGAUCCUCUGGAUCUACCAGUGUAGGAAAAAGGGUUGUCUGGCUGUUACCGCUAGUACCCUGCUUCCUGCCACCAUGACCUCUUGUGGAGACUAUGCUUGUCUCUUAAUGUUCUCCCUGAAUCUGGACGCAGCCCAUCGAUGAGUUCUCUUUCCCCUAGCUGCCAGAAAUACCUUUCUAGAACAUAGGUCUUCUAACAACACAUCUGUUCCCAAAAACCUUUGGUUUCCUCUUCUUGCAGUGUGAUAACCAAGCUCCACCAACCUAUUGCAAACCACAUUUCUAAACAACAUGCCCGCUGCACCCUAACACACCCCUACUAACCUAUAGUGAAUCAUAUCGAUGGCUCCCCAAGCACACCUCGCACAGCCAAGUCUCCAUCCUUAUCCGUGUUCCCUCCACCAGGAAGACCUUUCACCCUUUCUGUUGAAAGACCUUUCACCCUUUUUAUUGAAAUUGUGCCCAUUGUUCAAGGCCCCUCCCAUGGGUUCUGCAGAGCCCUUUCAAGGAGGCAGAAAUAAUUGUUUUCAUUUAGGUGCACUUUUUUUGGGGGGGGCAGGGUUUCUAGGGCCACACCUGCAGCACAUGGAAGUUCCCAGGCUAGGGGUCAAAUCGGAGCUACAGCUGCUGGCCUAUGUCACAGCUACAGCAACGUCAGAUCCUUACCCCACUGGGCUGGAGCAAGGAUCGAACCUGAAUCCUCUUGGAUACUAGUCGGGUUUGUAACCCCCUGAGCCACAAUGGGAACUUCUAGCUGCACUUGCUUUUUCCCUUUCUUGUAGCACUUAACAUGCAUGGCCAUACAUUGAGUUUGAAAACUUCUUUUAGCCAAUUAACUUGCUUCUAAAGGUCCCAACCACCCUUUGUCCCCCCUCAUAGCUGCCCAAUGCAAUGCUGUGGAAUCCUGGAAGGACCUACUAGAAACCUUGCUCUUAGAUUAUAGUUCAUUAUCUGCACUCUCUUCCACUCUGCUUUUGAGAAUAAGGACAAAUUCGGCCUCACCUUUCUAUCCCAAGAUGCCUACCAAAAAAGUAUACAGGUGUGCAACAAAUGUUAAGCAGAUUGAGUUUUUAAUCUAGCCAUUAGCAGGUGGUGGGCAGAGAAGCCAAUUAAAAAAAAGAAUAGGAGUUCCCGUCGUGGCGCAGUGGUUAACGAAUCUGACUAGGAACCAUGAGGUUGCGGGUUCCGUCCCUGCCCUUGCUCAGUGGGUUAACGAUCCGGCGUUGCCGUGAGCUGUGGUGUAGGUUACAGACGCGGCUGGGAUCCUGCGUUGCUGUGGCUCUGGCGUAGGCCGGUGGCUACAGCUCCGAUUCAACCCCUAGCCUGGGAAUCUCCAUAUGCCGAGGGAGCGGCCCAAGAAAUAGCAACAACAACAAAAAAGACAAAAGACAAAAAAAAAAAAAAAAAAAGAAUAGGUUAAUCAUGUUUUAAAAGGAAAAAGCACAUCCCAGAACAAACUUUGCAAACUAUAGAACAAAUUCCAGUGGUUUGUGAGGUUGAGUAACUCCCAUCCUCCCCUCCCUUGUCUAUAUCAGGCGACAGACCUGGAGUUCCUUCUACAGAAAGAAGAUGAGAAAUUGGCACCCACAGUGACACUAAAGGGCCCCUUGCUACCACUUUGCUGGCAGAAACCUUGACAUUUCAACAGAAUUUUAAGAAACAUGUUGGGACAAACUUCCUCUUGGGAAAUUCACCAAUUGACCUCAUCUAUAAAGCCAUGCAAUAUAAUGCAGCAAUUUAGAAUCAUAGACAUUCCAGAGAGAAAAAUGAAAGGUCUUCCUAUAGAUGUUCAUUUUGUUGUUAUUUACAGUGGCAAGAAAAUGGACAUUGACCAAGCAUUUCAGCAUGAGAACAUGAUAAACUAAUUUGUGGACACUUUUAAUUAUGUGUCAAAAUUUUCAGUCAUUUAAAAUGACAUUUGUAGAGUCUCUAACUAUAAGAAACAUUUUAAAAAUAUUAUAUUAAAUGGGGGAGGAACCGGGCUGCAAAAUUAUAUCUUAACCAAGUAAAAAUGCAAACUAAGAAGGUUUGUUAAAUUUGGAAAAUUGUAACCGUGUUUUCUUCUUCAUGAUGUGAUUAACUGUCAUUUUUCUCUUUUCUCUACUAAAUAUGUAAGUCCUUACAGUCAAAUUAAAAAAAAAAAAACAACUUCAAAGUUUGGGGGUUCAUGCUGCUACCAAGCUCCGGUUGUGGUCUGAUAAGUGGUCUUGGUCUAGAGGGUAUUCUUUGACUUCAACAGCUCCUGUUAUAAAUUCAGGCUAAGUUUGUUUAUUUGUCCUUCAGAUAAAGCAUGGGGUUGAGCCAGCUGUGCUGGCCCAGCCAGGGCCCUGCAUCCUCAGCCUGAAGUUGAUUGGUGCUAAGAUCAAAACCCUCGGAGGCUCCAUUCGAGGAAGUCUCAUUAACUGGGAAAAAGUUCUGAGCAGAUGUGACAUCUUUGAAAAAAUGAGCCAUAUCACAGACGGAGCUGGGCCCAGCACCUGGGCUGCUUGUAAAAUGGGUUUUCAAAGGGGAGGUUUCUAGACUGCUUUCCAGCGCAUCCUCUUCUCACUCAGGCUGGAGGUUGCAGGAGUGGGAGGAAGAAGGGAUGGGAGACAACCUGAGAUGAGUCACUGAGAUGUUUUCAAAGACAUCUUCAGCUCCUCACUUUAUCCAUGAGAUUGGGUAGAAUGACAGAGGAGUACUGAGAAGGAUUUGUCACUGCAAAGGUUUGCAAAAAGAUUCUGUAGUCUUGGCUAAGGUAUCAGAGACAUGUAGAGAUGGUAUUCUCAGUGUUGCGUUAAUAAAUCUGACUCUAAGGAGUUCGCAGUAUUGGGGAUAGCUCUGGAAAGGGAUAAUUACAAAAUAACAUGACACGUGCAGUAGCAAAAUCCCAUACAUUGUAUGAGACUAAUUCACAGGAGGGAUUGUAUAGAAGAAGGACUCUACUUUGGAGGGUUUUAAUGUACGAAUAGAAGCUUACCAGGAAAGCUGAACAGAAUUAACUGGGAAGAGACAUGAAAUAUAAUGAAUACCUAAAAAUAAAACUUAAUAAAAGGAGCACUAUUACAUUGAAGAUAAUAAGGCUGUAUUCUUGGCUUCCCAAGACUUGAAAGAAACAUGAGACAACAUACAUUUAUAAGUACUUUCUAAACAUUAGUUGCGUGACUGGAGACCCAAUUCCUCACUUAAAAACUGGACUUUUUUGAUGAAAUAUAUUUUUUCAGUGUAUGUAUAGAACAACUGAGGUGUCUGACACACAAUAGAUUCCCCCCAAAUAGGGACAAGAGCACUUAUUCAUGGUUAAACAUGUGUCAUUAUUUGAAAUAUUUGCUUCAUAAUUCUCAUGCUUGUCACUGUAUUAAGAGAAUUACAGGCAAUGAAUUUUGGAAAUCAUGUUUCAUGUUUGCCUAGGGAUGGUUUGCAGGUGGAGCAUUUUUGCAUGUAAAUGGAUUGGUUAUUGCCCUUUGGGGGCCAGUUUUUAUUUAUAUUAUCAAAUUAACUCCUUCCUGCAAUUACUGGCUUAAAAAAAUGCAGGCAAGUACUGAGCAAUAAAAUAAAAUUAUGUUUUAGUCUGAAUUUAAUUGCUGCACAAAUUAGGUUGCAAAGCUCAUUCUUUGUGAGAGUUGGGAAUAACCUGUUAAUAUCAUCUGCCUAGGGGUCAUGGUUCACAUUUCAAAGCUUCCUCUAAUUGGAAGUAUACUAGAGAACAGUUUGCAAGCAAUCUGGCUCUUACAAGCUGAUAAUACUGAGGGACUGAGUUUAAGAAGAAGCCCGUCCUUAUGGUGGCAAUGCCAGUUUGCCAUGAGUUGUUUUCCUAGAGAGGUGCUGGGUUGUUGCUGAUAUUGAAACACUGGUUGUUGCUGGGUACAUAGUUGUAAUGUGACUGGCUGCUGACAAAGCUCGCUUCUUUAUCAGGGGACAAUGUAAAAAUAACGGAGUUUAAAUAGGACUCACCCUAGAUUUUCAUAUGGUGACCCUCUUGGUCCCAUGGGUGUCCUCAUCUUGUGGUUUCAUAUCUGGCUCUGUGCAGACCUCUUGGACUUUCUUCCAAGCCCUCCAACUCCUGCUUUACCCUCCCCCUUCACAUCUUAGAGCCUGACCUCCUGGAAGUUGACUGACUACCACCUCCCUCAUCCUCCCUCCUUGCCUGAACGAACUGCUUCUACUUCUUGGUUUCCCGCUUGCUCAGCCAACUCUCCUUCUCCUUCAUCCCUGGUUUACUCUGUUCUGCAGUCGUGUGAUCCCUGUUCCAAAAGGAGACCAGAACAUACAGGUCAUCUGUGAAUCUAUGAGCAGAAAGAGGAGAGAAAGUGAGGGCAUCAAAUGUUAACCAUUUGGUAAAACAAUACAUUUAAUCUCUACCAGCUGCCAAGAAGAUCAGAAACUAAUUUUUUUCUCAAAAGGUAGACUCCUUUGCGUGUGACAUCCUUUGUUUUUCAGAAUUGGGAGAGGUUAAUUUAUGCAUUAGGUCUGAAGACCAAGAAGAAUGUGAUGACAGCCCAGAAGCAUCCCUUUUCCUAAUGGUGAAGAAGCUGUUUCCCAUUUGGCAUCACUUAGAGAUUAUCCUACCAUUGGCCCAGUAGCUUUUUGCCACCAUAUUGCAGGUGGAUAUGCUUGGCAAGGCUGAGCUGAGGAUUUUGGCAUUUUCAUUUUUCCUUUUUGGCAUGAUUUUUCAUCAGCCUACAAUUCUGGAAUGCACUUCCAUGGUAUAUUUGAAAAAUUUGAGUUGGCAAGACCAUAAACUUUCAGAAUCCACCAACUAUUCCUUUAAAAGCAGUCAGAAUUAUAAAGGAUGCUUUAUAUUGAGCCUUGCUCUUCUGGCCCCCGUGUUCUUCUCAGGUUAGCUCACUGCAUUUGGACAAGUCCUUCACGUCCCAAGGACUUCUAGACCUUGACUUUUCGAAACCUACAAAUGCAAAUCAUGGUGACCACCUGCCAGAGGUCUGUGCCCUAAAAGAAGGGAGCAAAAAUGCAUAGAUUGGAGACCUUCUUAUAGACGGGUUUGCAUUUUGUGAAUCUAGUUUUAUUUCAGUGUUUGUGGGUUUUGCUUAUAUUUUCGGCAUUUUUAAGGGAAUGUAAGAAUAGCAAAGUUGAAGGAUAUACUUCUAUCUAUGAAUGCCUCAUCAUGAGUUACAAAAUAUGGCUUAUUCUUAGAUGCUAAUGGAACAGUCUUACCUGCUCCAGACUCCUUGCUUAUGGGCACUCUGAAGCAUACUGCAGUACACUGCUCAUGGUGCUUCACAGACAGACACCUAACUUUGAAUCUUGGGUCUGUCACUUACUGGAUGGUGACGUGGACAUUCUACUUAUGUCAUGGAUCUUAGCCACCCUUGCUAGAAAAGGGGUCUUACUAUCAUAUCGGCCCACUGAAGCUCUGCACAUGCAUUUUCUAUUAUUUCUGUCUUCUUCCCAUAGACGUUGAGGCUAUAUCACAUAGAGCUUAGCAUCCUGGGACCCAACGAUAAAGUAACAUUAAUGCAGGCUUUGUAAAUUCUGCUUAUGAUCACCUCAUCAUGAGGGUGAAAAAAAAAAAGCAGCUGCUUGGGUAUGAAGAUUUUUCUGUGGAAUAUUAUUAUAAUUACUUCCCCCUGGGGAUAAAAAGAUGGGUAAAAUUAUCCUGACCAUGUAUAGCUGAGGGUUUGCAUAUGUUUUGAUUUUAAAAUGAACCAUGUAAAAGUCAGAGCUAACUAUAUAUACCAGCCAGCCCAACUGACUAGAGAAAUCUCUCUCCAAUGUCUCUUGAAUGAAAUAAUGUUAUUAAACAGACCAACUGCAGUUUAUACUUCUGACCCAUUAGAACCGAGUGCUUAUUCCUGACCUCACACCCAUGGGGCACGUGGUCUAGUCCGGUCUGUACUGGGCCUGAUUCUGUUAGGUGGGCGUGAAAUGAAGUCAGUGUGUGGGUGUCCUCAUGUUCCUGGGCCUGGUAGGGACAGAGGGUAUCUGAAGAAGGCUAAGACGUAGUUGGAGGUGAGCUUCGUGCAAUAUACACCCUACUUGUUUGGAAUUGACUUGCAGCUCGUUUUGACCCUAAUGGCUCUCUCUUAAGAAUCAACCAAACAGGAGUUCCCGUCGUGGCGCAGUGGUUAACGAAUCCGACUAGGAACCAUGAGGUUGUGGGUUUGGUCCCUGCCCUUGCUCAGUGGGUUAACAAUCCGGCGUUGCCAUGAGCUGUGGUGUAGGUUGCAGACGAGGCUCGGAUCCCGCAUUGCUGUGGCUCUGGCGUAGGCGGGUGGCUACAGCUCCAAAUCGACCCCCUAGCCUGGGAACCUCCAUAUGCUGCCUAGCCUGGGAACCUCCAUAUGCCGCGGGAGAAAUAACAACAACAACAACAACAAAAAGACAAAAGACAAAAAAAAAAAAAAAAAAAAAAAAAAAAGAAUCAACCAAACAAAAAUGGGACUCAGUGUAGCCACGACAUGAAUGGAGGAGGUCAUGCCCGCUACAUUCAUUGCCAGUGAUGAACAUGCACGAUGAUAAAACAGUGCCCAACUUGUGGAAGUAAUUUGUUAGGGACCAGAAGCAUUUGCUAUUAGCACCACCUCUUUAUAAUUCAGUAAAUGGAAUCUUCUUCAGCUCUCUUUUAAAUGCCCAGUAUAAGUGGUGUUCAUUUUGGUUCAAACCUGUAGGUAGAUUGAAGGAAAAUUUUGACAGCUAGUUUAGAAAUCACAAUAGUCACAACAUUUUCUGAUCCCCAAACACCUGUCACCUAAUGGAAUUUUUUGUUGUGUAUUUAUUUUGAACGUAUGGCAAAUGUACAUGACUUACAUCAAAUUUGGCGGGAGUUCCCGUCGUGGUUCAGUGGUUGACUAGUAUCCAUGAGGAUGUGGGUUCAAUCCCUGGCCUUGCUCAGUGGGUUAAGGAUCCGGCAUUGCCGUGAGCUGUGGUGUACGUUGAAGACGCGGCUCGGAUCCCAUGUUGCUGUGGCUGUGGCAUAAGCCGGCAGCUACAGCUCCGAUUCAACCCCUAGCCUGGGAACCUCCAUAUACCCCAGGUGUGGCUCUAAAAAGACAAAAGACCAAAAAAAAAAUGGCAAUAAUACAUUUUACAAAUCAUGUUUAUGAAAAGGAAUAGAAUUUAAUUAGCUUGAAUCUUCCCCAGGAAAAUGCAGGACAAAUGGUACUAACAGUGCCUACCCGGAGUAGAGCAGAGAGGAUAAGCCAUAGUGUGGGGCGAAAUGGAAAGAGACUUCUUCUGAUUUUAUUCAGAUGUCCAGGCAUGAUUUUUCCGAUAUUGGAUGCUGUGAUUCCCUUCUCCUAUCUGCAGACAGCACAUAAUAAAUCUGAAUGUGUUCAGGAACCUGAUGAUAUGCUACCAGUAAUACAUUUUGAGCCUCUAGAGUCCAGGUUCAUGAAAUGUAUGAUUCAUACCAGUUCUUGGGAACUUGACAAGCAGAAGUUCAAAUAUCAAGGCAAUAAAAUCUAGGUUUCCCUUUUUUUGAGAUUCAUCAGCACUUCUCUAAAUUGGUGUAUGCUCUUUUUUAAAAUCUUAUUUUAUUUUUAUUUGAGUAUAGUUGAUUUACAGUGUUGUAUGAAUUUCUGCUGUACAGCAAAGUGACCCAGUCAUAGAUAUAUAACCAUUCUUUUUUUCGUGCUAUCUUCCUUCAUGUUCUAUCCCAAAAGACUGGAUAUAGUUCUCUGUGCAUUGCACCGCCUAGAAAGGGAAGAUUCCCCAGUAAGACCAGGUUAACUAACCCAGCCUGUGAUCUCGUAACGAAACUAGUAGACAGGAAUCCAUGGGGAAAUUUGGGGAAGACUUUUUCUAGAGAUUCUGUAGCUAUUCUGUAUAAAGUGACCCCUCUGGAAAUGUACGUGAAGCUGUUUAUUUUUCAGAACUAAAACCAUGACUAGCUAGGUGAACCAAAGUGCCUGUUUGCUAGCUUUUGCAGAGAUGAGGGGGGUGGAUUCUACUGAAAGCCAAAAAGUAUUCUCUGUCUACCUUGCAAUUUUGUCUUAAAAAUUAAUUCUCUAGGAAAAAAAAAUAACCCAAAGAAAAUUUAUGAUUGCUCUUAGGGUUCAGGAUAAUAUAUUAUCUACCUGUCUUCUUGCUGGCAGGUCUGAUAGCAUCUCUAACUAGCUGGUGAAUCUGGUCUUUCAGAAGCUCACCUAUUCUUUUUUCAUUUGCCUGCUCACCAGCAUUGCUACUGGGCCCCAAACUGUGCUUUGGGUACCCAUCCUCAACAUGAAAAUUGGUAGUUAAAGGAUAGUGACCUUUUUCUGAUGUAAAUGGGUCCUUUGGGAUGGCUUGGAGUGGUGAAACCCCCACUCUCAAAAAAAAUGCCUUUCUCCACCUGGUGCAUUAAAGCUUAAGUUAGGGUUAGUCUUUUUUUUUUUUUCUCCUUUAUUUAAGCCUCCCUUAGCAAUGAUUCUCAAACUGGUCUAUAUAAGAAUCCCCUGGAAAUCUUGGGAAAAUGUCUCUAGAGUCCUCCCCUGAGACUGUGGCUUAGGAGGGAUGCAAGGGGACCCUAGGAAUCCGCAUUUUGCUGAGAGCUCCACAUGAUUCUGAUACAGGUGGUCCCUGGAGAUCACACUUAGAGAAACUGGAGCUCGCAUCUUUUGGUGCACAUCCCAGCCCUGCCGCAUUUUAUCUUUAGAACCUGGGUCAAGCUAUUGAACUUCUUAUGCUUCCAUUUCCUCAUGCUGUAUAGCAGGGAUGCUAAUAGCUUCUCACAGCAUUGUUGUGAAGAUUAACUUGAUUCAUCCAGAUGAAAUGCUAUCUGGACUAUUAACCACUUAGUAAAUGUUAGCUAGGUCAGUCCAACAAGUUAUGCGUGCCUUGAAAUUAACUGUUUUAAUCAGAUUGAUAUCCUAUUAACUUGUUCAAGUCACUGGGGGAGUUACGGAGGUGUGUUGGGGAGCGGGGACAGGCAGUCAUUUAGUGAAGGACUUCAGUGACUUAUCAUUUCUCACAGGAGAAAAACCAGACUCUGACCAUGAUCUCCAGGACCCUGCAGGUCUGGCCUGUGCUUGUUCUCCAAAUUCAUCUCACCCUAUCCUUUUCAUCACCUUCACCCCGAUCAGCCACAUUUGUCUUUUUUUCAAGUUUUCAAGGACGCUACCCUCCUUCCUAGGCCUUGUGCAUCUAGGCAGGCCCUUUGCAGGUAUCAUUCCUAAUGUCUGAGACACUGUUCCCCUCACUUUCAACUCAUUUAACUUUUAUUCUUCCUUUAGAUCUUCGCUGAAAUAUCACUUCCUCUGAGACAUUCUUCCUUACCUCGAAAGUCCAGUCUUUUCAUGAUGUGUGCUCAUUGCACACAGCUCUCCUUCAUGCUCUGUAAGAAAGUUACAUUUUCAGAUUUUUUUUUGUGUCCUCUGCCAGGGUCAUCGUGCCAUAAGGCAAAAGGCAUGGCAGUUUGUUUUGUCACCUGCACAGUGUUUAGCAUAAACACUUACUAAAUAUUCGAACAAAUGAUUACAUUUUGAUUGAGGGAAGACCUGGUUGGAAUGGCAUGGUUUGGUAUAAAAACAGUGGCAAAUUGAACAGUCUCAGGAGGGUGAGAGGGAAAGAAAGAGUAGGUGUCCCCAUGGCAGAGAAGGGUAGACAGACGAGGUUAGAAAGUUUCCAGAAAGAUAGUAGCAAAACCCUGAGAUAUCCAGGGAGUCUGGACAGAGCAGAGAAAGAUGGCUGGGUGCCUGAGAGGCAGAGCUUGUGUAAGAAUUCCUUCCCAAGCUCACAGUAGCACGAGGAGACAAGAUGGAAAGCCAGGACAUAGAUUCUUGAAAGAGAAAGUACAAAUCAAGACCUUGGGCCAGAGCUGAGCACUUGGAGACAGAUGGAAAUCGGAUUUGGACAAAGAGUCGUUUAGGAAUAAAGGAGGCCUGGGGCUUCUCUUGCUUAUUAGGCACCGGGUGUGCGGUAAUGAACAGUUCACUUUGGCUCUAAGAACCAGAGACACACGAAGAGCUGGUGUCAGCUCCCUCCCAAGCCUGGUCUGUGUUAUUAAUAGUUUAAGGGCACCAGGCUUGUAGAGACCUUUAGGGGAAGGAUCUCCUUGAAAUUCACAACAGUGGGACAGAGAAUAAUUCCCUUCUCUUUAAGUGAAGCCAGAAUCAGAGCCUUCUUUUUACUUACCAUUUUCCCUCGGUCUCUAUUAUCAAGGGUCCGUUUAUUAUUCCACAGACCUCACCAUCUGAUCCCCAUCCUGUGUUUGACCAGGCCAUGCAGCCUUUCUUUGCUCAGUGGCGGCCCCUGCUGUUAAAGAGAAAGAUUGCAGCCCAUCUAGAAUGUGACAUUAACUCUGGUCAGGCAACCAGAAGAAUUCGGAGCAAGCAAGGGGAGGAGAGAGGGGGAAGCAAAUGGUCUGAGGACAUUCCCAGGGGGAUCCCCAUGUUCAGGGCGCCUUGGUGAAAUGCUAAUACGGAGAAGGAUCUGAGCCUAAGUGCUUUGUGCAAGCUUUUUUCCCCAAGGGUCCCUGUUUAGUUGCUUCAUUCCAAAGGUUUGCUGGGAACCACCCCCACAGUGCUCUCCAAGAAAUGCCAUUGGAAACUUUUAUGGGGGGGGCUUAUAGGGCUGUUAGAUGGCAACUAUUUUAAAAGAUGCCGUACUAAUUUUUGAGGUAGCUUACAGUAAAUUUGAAUUAGCGGUGGCGGCUCAGGAGAGGCUGUGUGUGUUUGUUUACAUCCUGAGUGGAAAUCAGAGUAUGGAUCCUCCCAUGGGAACCCUGCUGGGAUGCACUCUUGCAUGAGCGCAUUUCUGGGACUGUGAGCACCGUUGGUGCGUGUGUGCCAUGUGUCCAGAGUGAGGCCGUUACCUGACAUUUCUGGACAAAAACCGUUGUGCAAAGAGAAGGAGGGAGAAAGCAAACUCACAAUCAAAUAAAAGUAGGGAGAGGGGGAGAGAUGAGAUUGCAGUUGAUUAUGGGUCUGGCAGCAGAUGUUCUACACGAAUCCAACUCGCUGCAGCCAGUCUGUUUCCAUGGCAACAGAAUCAGUAAUUAUUGAGCCCAGGCCCUCCCCCUUUCUUUCUCCCAACAAGGUGGAGGCUGAUGAAUAUGAACUAUCUCCGGCCCAUCACCAGCACUUUCUUCUUCUUCUUCUUCUUCUUCUUCUUCUUCUUCUUCUUCUUCUUCUCCUUCUUCUUCUUCUUCCUCUUUUCCUUUGUUUUUAGUUCUUUAUAAGGAAAGUGGGAAUAUUGAGAGCACUCAGAAGCACUAUAUCAUUAUUGAUGAAAGAGCAUAGGGCACUAAAAUUAAAUGAACUUAUUGUUUUCUCUUGUGCUACUCCAAGAGAAAAUCUCUUCCUUGAAAAGCCGAUGAUCUCUGAAGAUGCUAAAUAAAUGAGCAGGAGUUUCCCUGAAAUGGAAGCUCCCUUUGAUUGGCUGAUCUUUCUGCGAUUCCUGCCAAUCGGAGCACCCCUGGGCUCCAGCUCCAUAAACAUAAGCAAAGCUACAUGCUUAUUCUUCUGGACUUGAAGUGUAUACCAUUCAAAGGUGUGCGGCGGGUCUCCAUUCACAUGGCUCAACUGGAAAUCUAUUUCGUGAACAAGCUUACUCAGGAACCAUCUGGUAUUCCAGCACGUUGCUCUUCAGGGGGACGACUUUAAGUCUUUUGGUGGUGACAGCGGCUUAGAAGCAGUAUUUGUAGUAGGGAAAGAUGGACUUACGGGAGCUUGGUAAUGCAGGUGGUGAAGGAGCAGGUUAUGAGAGCUCUUACAACCAAGCCUAGCUCCCUGGACCAGUUCAAGAGCAAACUGCAGAACCUGAGCUACACCGAGAUCCUGAAAAUCCGCCAGUCUGAGAGGAUGAACCAGGAAGAUUUCCAGUCUCGCCCAAUUUUGGAACUAAAGGAGAAGAUUCAGCCAGAAAUCUUGGAGCUGAUCAAACAACAACGCCUAAACCGCCUCGUAGAAGGGACCUGCUUCAGGAAACUCAACUGCCGGCGGAGGCAAGACAAAUUUUGGUAUUGUCGGCUUUCACCAAACCACAAGGUCCUGCACUAUGGAGACUUGGAGGAAAGUCCUCAGGGAGAAGUGCCCCACGAUUCCUUGCAGGACAAACUGCCGGUGGCAGAUAUCAAAGCUGUGGUGACGGGAAAGGACUGCCCUCAUAUGAAAGAGAAAGGUGCCCUUAAACAAAACAAGGAGGUGCUCGAACUCGCUUUCUCGAUCUUGUAUGACUCCAACUGCCAGCUGAAUUUCAUAGCUCCUGACAAGCAUGAGUACUGUAUCUGGACAGAUGGGCUGAAUGCACUGCUGGGGAAAGACAUGAUGAGUGACCUGACGCAGAAUGACUUGGACACGCUGCUCAGCAUGGAAAUCAAGCUCCGCCUCCUGGACCUGGAAAACAUUCAGAUCCCCGACGCACCCCCACCCAUCCCCAAGGAGCCCAGCAACUACGACUUUGUCUAUGACUGUAACUGAAGCGCCCGGGCCCAGAAGCACCCCCUCCAAAACUGGAAGACCUAGCUAACACGAGAGAAGAAUGAAUACUCGCCCACGCCUUGGAAUCCUCUGUGAUAGAGGGAAGCUGUGCAUCGCCACUUCCUUUGGCCUCACCUCUCGCCCCAGCGUUUUUCUGCCCCUCCUCCUUGGCGUUCUGCUCACUGACCUGAUUCUGUAUCUAGACUCCAUUGCUUUAGGUCACCUUGCACGGCUGCCGUCUAAGGGGGGAGAAAAGAAAACCCAUCGCCAGUAAGAGAGCCACAGGGCCCUUCCAUCUUCAUCCCAGCUGGGAAGUGCCCCCCUCCUGGAGUCUGAAAGCCAGCAGCACCAGACUGCCCCCGAACCCGCAGCCAGACCAAGGGGUAUGCCCCAAGGCCUGGAAGAAACGGUCUAGCUGCUUGAGGAGACCAAACACCACCUCCUCGUUCCCCUUCUCCCUGGGGUGCGCUCAUAUCACCAGUUCCAAGUGAAUUGAAAUCUGCUUCCUAAUCCCCUCCCCAAACCCAGCCUUCUCCUGCCUGGUUCCUCUCUGGUCCCCAGAGCAGCAGCCGCCAACGCAUCUUAGUCCUCGCCAGCAUUGGGUCUCCCAGACACGGUCAGCGGGUUUCAUGCCCACUUCGUGUCUGCCCUGUGACUGUGAUCACCCUUCCUGCCUCCCAGCUCGUCUUGGGUUUCCUCGCCCCGCCCCAGCCCAGACCUGCCGUCUUCAUUGCCACACACCCUUGCAGCCCCUUAGCUGAAAGCACAAAUGGUGAAAUCAGUCGUCCAGCGCCAUCUCUAAUACACUCAAUCUGAAAGCCUCAGUGACAGGCACUUGCUCUCUAAGGGUUUGAGGGUCCUUCUCCUGGGGGUUUUGCCGCAACGCAGGUUCCACAGGAUGGUCAGGCUGUUAGACAUCCAAGUUUACAUCAUUGUAAUUACUGCAGGUAUUGACAAUUUGCGAGGGUUUGGGGUUGUUGGUUUUGGGGGGUUUUUUGGUUUGUUUGGUUUUUUGUUUUAUUUUGUUUUUGCUUUGUUUUUGUACAAAAGAGUCUAACAUUUUUUGCCAAACAGAUAUAUAUUUAAUGAAAAGAAGAGAUACAUAAAUGUGUGUACUUUCCAGGGUUGUUUUUUUUUUAAUUAUUUUAAUCCUAAACAUCUUCCUGAGAAUAACAUUCCCCUAAACAUGCUGUGGAAUAAAAUUAAUUGUGAUGAGUUGGG